CUACAGCCAGAGAAGGCAAGAAGGUUGCUCUGCGCUGAGGCCUCUGUUCUGAGCCGGCCGCCGCUCUGUGGCUGAGCCACCAAGCUGUCUGGGAGUACUAAACUGAAGCUUGAGGGCUUGGGGUAACCAGUCCGAAGGCUUCUCCCACGCGGCCACCUCCCUGGCCCCUUGUGGAAAAAAAAAGUGUCCCCUUUCCGGAGCUGUCCCCCAAGACAUCCAGAAAAUGCGAAAGGUCAGGAACAAGGCCGCACCAUCAGACCAAGGCCCAGGGGACAGAAGGUGGGUGAGUGAGAGAGUCCCAGAGGCCAGGGGAGUAGGGAGCUGGUUCUCUGUAGAACCUAUUUAUUAGACCCCAAAUACCCACCCUGGGAUCCAAGUUCUACAAGAACGGAAACAACAUCCUGGGACAAAUGGGAGAGUUCAACUGAAUUACACACCUUGGAGGGUGAGUUGGAGCCCCAGGCCUUUCCAACGCCUUCUUUAGCUCCCGAGUAGACUGAGAGGGCAGCGGCGGCCACCAGACUCAGCUAAGGGCAGAGUUGGGAGAAGAAACCAGUGGCGGACCGGCAAGAGGCCUAGAUCUCCCGGCAAAUGUUCCAGUCCUGCUUUUGCCUCCGACUGCGGGUUCCAUCCCUACCCGCCGUCCCUCGCCCCGCCCCGCCCCGCCCCCCACCUUGGGGCAGGUGAGCGGCGGCCAAUGGGCGAGCGCGGGGCAGGUGCCGGCUAACUCGCGCCUCGCAGCGCCUUGUAGCCAAGACCCUGUAGGGCAGUGCUAGGAGGACCGGGGGCUGGGGUCGGUCCCGGUGGGACUUGGAGGGUGGGAGCUGGGCUCAGCCCUCCGGCCGUAGAGGCAGCACACAUCAUCUCACCGAGCCGUCACCGGUGCGGGCGCCGGGAGCUGCUCGCUCCGCCGCAGCAGCCGACGCGCCUGGCUGUGCGCGGUGGCCCGACACCGCGCUCGCUCGCUCACACACCCCUCGCCGCUCCGCGCCUGGCUCGCCCGCGGGGGCCGAGAGCUAGCGAGCGGGCGGGCGGGGGAGGUGAAGGGUGCGGGUGUGUGUGCAUGUGCCUGGCUGGGUGCACACCCCGCACGGCGGCGGCGCCAGGACGCGGAGCGCUCCCCAGAGCCCGGCUGCCUAAGACAGCUACGGCGGCCGCGACCAUGUUCCAGCCCGCGGCCAAGCGCGGCUUCACCAUAGAGUCCUUGGUAGCCAAGGACGGCGGCACCGGAGGGGGCACUGGCGGCGGGGGCGCGGGCUCCCAUCCCCUGGCGGCGGCCGCCUCCGAGGAACCGCUCCGGCCCACAGCGCUCAACUACCCUCACCCCAGCGCGGCCGAGGCGGCCUUCGUGAGUGGCUUCCCUGCUGCAGCCGCCGCGGGCGCCGGCCGCUCGUUGUACGGUGGGCCAGAGCUCGUGUUCCCCGAAGCCAUGAACCAUCCUGCGCUGACCAUGCACCCGGCGCACCAGCUGGGCGCCUCCCCACUGCAGCCCCCGCACUCUUUCUUCGGCGCCCAGCACCGGGACCCUCUCCACUUCUAUCCCUGGGUCCUGCGGAACCGCUUCUUCGGCCACCGCUUCCAGGCGAGCGACGUGCCCCAGGACGGGCUGCUUCUGCACGGCCCCUUCGCGCGCAAGCCCAAGCGGAUCCGCACGGCCUUCUCGCCCUCGCAGCUGCUGCGGCUGGAGCGCGCCUUUGAGAAGAACCACUACGUGGUGGGCGCCGAGCGGAAGCAGCUGGCCGGCAGCCUUAGCCUCUCGGAGACGCAGGUGAAGGUGUGGUUCCAGAACCGGAGGACAAAGUACAAACGGCAGAAGCUGGAGGAGGAAGGGCCCGAGUCUGAGCAGAAGAAGAAGGGCUCCCACCACAUCAACCGGUGGCGCAUCGCCACGAAGCAGGCCAACGGGGAGGACAUCGAUGUCACCUCCAAUGACUAGGGUGGGCAACCACAACCCAUGAGGGCAGAGUGCUGCUUGCUGCUGGUCAGGCCCCUGGGUGGGCCCAAGCUGGACUCUGGCUACUCCCUGGCCAGCUUCAGGGAGGCCUGGAAUCACGGCCCCACAGGGCUUGGAGCCUGGGGCCACCACUGACAGAGGGACAAGAAAUGGACUGGCUGAGGCCUGGGACCCCUCGGCCUUCUCCUUGGAGAGCUUGCCUGCCUGGGUGGGCCGCCCGUUACUGCAGCCUCCCAGCCACUCUCCGUUUCUCUUAUCUCCUUUUUGUUUUGAUGCGUUCCUGUUUUAAUUUAUUUUCCAGGUACUUGCUGUAGUUCUUAGUGACCCCUUGUAUCUCCCUUUCCUAUGGGAUAAUAAAAGUCUCUCUCUUAAUGA